UAUCAUAAUAACCCCUUUGAUUCGGUAAGCCAUUGGAGAGAGAGUCAGAGACCUCAGGGACUCAGAAGCAGACAAGUUUUGAUUCUUCUUCGGCCGGGACUUUUACUGAUUUUAAAAACAUCGAAGAAGAAGAGGAAGAAGAUAAAUUGGGAAUAAUUUUCUGGGUUUUCGAUUUGGGUGAAACCCUAGGGGGCUUGUGUGAAUCGUGAUCAGAUGCUAUUGAGUCGACGAUUAGAGAAGAAGAAGAGUAUUAUAGCAAGCGAACAACACCAUGAUGAACACUUCUAAUGGAAUGAUAUCUGGCCCAUCUUCAUCGUCUUCACCUGCGGCGAAUCCUCAGUCUCCCGGAAUUAAGACUUAUUUCAAGACGCCUGAAGGGAAGUAUAAGCUUCACUACGAGAAAACGCAUUCCUCUGGUCUCCUUCACUACGCACAUGGCAAAACGGUUACUCAGGUAACACUAGCACAGCUAAAGGAAAGAGCUGCUCCUACGACCCCAACUGGUACUUCUUCUUCGUCCUCGGGUUACACUGCUGGUAGCGGAUUCCGUUCAGCAACAGCGAGGUUGCUAGGCACUGGAAAUGGGAGUCGUGCGCUUAGUUUUGUUGGAGGUAAUGGAGGGGGCAAAAAUGUGAGUGCUAGUUCCAGGAUUAGUGGCUCUUUCGCUGCUUCUAAUUUUACCACUUCGAUUACAAAUACAAAUUUCGAUGGGAAAGGAACUUACUUGGUCUUCAAUGUGAGUGAUGCUAUUUUUAUCUGUGACUUGAACUCACAAGACAAGGAUCCUGUAAAGUCUAUCCAUUUCAGUAAUUCAAACCCUAUGUGCCAUUCUUUUGAUCCGGAUGCUAAGGAUGGGCAUGACUUACUUAUUGGGCUAAAUUCUGGGGAUGUGUACACGGUAUCACUGAGACAACAGUUACAGGAUGUCUCUAAGAAGCUUGUUGGUGCACUGCACUAUAACAAGGAUGGUUCUGUGAAUAACAGUCGUUGCACUAGUAUAUCCUGGGUGCCUGGAGGUGAUGGAGCAUUUGUCGUUGCUCAUGCUGAUGGCAAUUUGUACGUGUAUGAGAAGAAUAAAGAUGGUGCCACUGACUCAACAUUUCCUGCUAUAAGAGAUCCUACACAAUUUUCAGUUGACAAAGCAAAAUAUAGCAAGAGUAAUCCUGUUGCGAGAUGGCAUAUCUGUCAAGGUUCAGUUAACAGCAUUGCAUUCUCAAAUGAUGGGGCACACUUGGCGACUGUUGGAAGAGAUGGCUAUCUUCGCAUUUUUGACUUCACAACCCAGAAGCUAGUAUGUGGUGGGAAAAGUUAUUAUGGUGCUCUGCUAUGCUGUUCGUGGAGUAUGGAUGGAAAGUACAUUUUGACUGGAGGUGAAGAUGACUUGGUUCAAGUGUGGAGUAUGGAGGAUCGGAAGGUCGUGGCGUGGGGUGAGGGACACAAUUCGUGGGUAAGUGGAGUAGCUUUUGAUUCCUACUGGUCGUCACCAAAUUCGGAUGGGUCAGGAGAGCAUGUUAUGUACCGUUUUGGAUCAGUUGGUCAGGAUACACAGUUACUUCUGUGGGACCUUGAAAUGGAUGAGAUCGUAGUUCCACUUAGGCGACCGCCGGGAGGAUCUCCCACUUACAGCACGGGAAGUCAGUCAGCUCACUGGGACAAUAUCAUACCAAUGGGAACUCUUCAACCCGCUCCUUGCAAACGUGAUGUUCCAAAGCUCUCACCAAUCAUAGCUCACCGAGUUCACACUGAGCCCCUCUCUGGCUUGAUGUUCACACAAGAAUCAGUCGUUACAGCUUGCCGAGAAGGACAUAUAAAGAUUUGGACACGGCCCAGUGACUCAGAAACACAAUCCAACAGCUGCCCAGAAGCAAAUCCUACAAGUGCCCUCCAGAGCACAAGCUCCCCUAAAGACAACAAAACUUCACUGAGCAGCAAGGUCAUCAGUGGUUCUAGUUUCAAGCAAUGACAGAGAUGCUGUCUGAAAACCAGGUGCUAUUAUUUAGUCAUGUUUCUCCUUCUUAAGUGAAAAAGAAAAAGAAACCUUAAAGGAAAAGCCCUGUGAAUAAAAUUCGACUGGGUUUUGUUUUUUAUUCUAAAAGAAAGAUCAAAAUUUGAGCUCUGACUGUAAAUUGGAGGCUGACAAAGUUUGUGGGCAUAGAAGAGAAUAUAUGGGUGAGAGACUAAAGAGAAAUUUCUGAUGUGAUUAUAAGAAAGAAAACAAAGUGUUGUCUCAUCAGCUAAUAUUUCCACUUUUUGUGCUUUAGAAAGAAGUCACUCUUUAUUUUCAUGCUUUUUGCAAACACUAAAACGAUUCCUUCUC